CACUGAAACAGCACUGAAACGUAUCAUUUCUUUCAUUCCCAUCUCCAAUGGCGACAGAACAAAAAGAAGAGUACCGCAAGUAUUAUGUCCCUCUCGAGUCGAACCCAGAGGUCUUCACUGAGCUCAUCCAAAAUCUCGGCGUCGACACGCUCCAGUUCCAGGAUGUCUACUCCGUCGAGGAACCUGAUCUAAUGGCAAUGGUGUCCCGGCCAGUGUAUGCGCUUGUGUUAAUAUUUCCGAGUACCAGUGAUGCAUACAAAAAUCAAAAGACGGCAGAGGAAGCGACACGUUCAGCGUACGUUGGGAAGGGGGAUGGGGAAGAUGUCGUCUGGUUUAAGCAGACGAUCGACAAUGCUUGUGGGCUGUAUGCGAUCCUACACGCUGUGUGCAAUGGUGACGCAAAAAAUCUGAUUCCACCGACCUCAAAAUUGGCCAAGCUGCUUGACAAAGUCAUCCCGUUGGAUCCUGUCGAGCGCGCGCGUGCUCUUGAAGACUCUAAGGAGGUCGAAGAGGCGCAUGCGCGUGCAGCGAUCCAGGGUUCGACUGCGGCGCCUGAUGCCAAUGUCGAAGUCGAUUAUCAUUAUGUGGCUUUUGUCAAAUCACACAAGAACAAUCGAUUAUACGAGAUGGACGGUUCGAAGAAGGGGCCCGUCGAUAAGGGCGUGCAGCUGAAGGGGGACGAGGACCUGUUUAGCGAAGGUGGUCUGAGCUUGGUGAAGGAGUUCAUCAAAAGGGAACAGGACGGAAACCCCAAUUUCAGUCUGAUGGCCCUUGUUCCUCAGCAAGUCUGACCGUUUGAGAUGUUAUUAUAAGAUGUGUGUACGAUACGACGAAACGAAUGUCAACGAUGAAUCCACGUCAAACAAGUUUUUCCGCU